AUGAGCCCUGUGUGGCGUAUUAAAGGCUUAGACCCUCACUCUGAUAUGCCCAUUGAAAUUCUCCAUGUCAUUCUCUUGGGAUUUGUCAAAUAUCUCUGGCGCGAUGUCAUCGAAAACCAGAUCAAGAAAAAUCCUGAAAAAAAGGCCAAACUAGCUGCAAAACUUUCAUCCAUUGAUGUUGAGGGGCUUGGACUUGACUCGAGUCUGCCUGGUAAAACUUUAGUAGACUAUUAUGGUUCUCUCACAGGCUCUGAUUUUCGCAAAAUCUGCCAGGUUGCACCAUACGUUCUCAAGGAAUUUGUUAACAAGGAAUGUUAUGAAACAUGGUUGUCACUUUCGAAACUUGUUCCCCUCAUAUGGCAGCCCGAGAUUGAAGAUUUGGAGGUUUACAUUAAAACAUUAGAGCAUGAAAUCGAACAGUUCUUGCUUCACGCAGCUAAAUGGAGUAUUCGAUGGUUUAACAAACCCAAAUUCCACAUUCUCGUUCACCUUCCUGCACAUAUUCGUCGUUUUGGUCCAGCUAUACUUUUUGCCACGGAAGGUUUUGAAUCAUACAAUGCAAUCAUCCGUGCUAAAAGUGUUCAUUCAAACCGUCUUGCUCCAUCUCGGGAUAUUGCUUUGGCUUUUGCGAAACAGAAUCGUAUUCGCCAUAUGCUUAGUGGAGGUUUAUUCCUUGACCGUGGACAUAUAGAGCUCGAUAAUCAUGCAGACAAAAACUUCCAUGAUGUUCGGCUUCCCCAGGGGGCACGCAUUACUCAGGUUCAACUGUAUUUUCGACAACACUCCUUUAAGAAAGGCGAUUGGUUUUCCGUUGGUAACAGUGUUACCGAUGUUAUGUCUUGGUCAAGUGAUAGUAUUGGGCGAUAUUUAGGAUACUCAAAGACCAAAAAAUCAUUGACUGGAUCUUGUACACUGGACCCAACUGCAUCUGAACAGUGCUGGCAGAACACACAGUCUGGACGACGGGUUCCUGACUCGCCUUUAUUCACAAACUCUGAAAAACUGAAUGGGAAAUAUUGCCGUGUCAAAGAAGUUCUGAUUGCCAACGGGGACAGGUGCAUGCCUUCGAGCUAUGUAGCAUGCUCCGAUCCUAUAUUACGACCUUUUUCCCAUCAUGGUAUCUCUAUCGCACAUGUCACUGAGGCUCUUCAACUUCAGCAUCGCGAUUCUCUUUCAGCUGUUGCAGAUUCUGUUCUUAUCAAACCUAUGACUGCUCUGCAAUGUACAGCGAAUGUCCAACAUGAUUGUGACCACAAUCAUUGUCAGGUUGAACAGGUUGGAACAGGAAUGCAGGAACGUGAAAAAACUAAUGGAGCAAAGGGUGUUGUUGUGCAUCGGGGUAAAUUGCAGGAUCUUGUGCUAAACACGGCUCAAAUGUGGGAUGCGAAGUAUGUCCAGAGAUUUCGUCUUCAGGCUGAACCACUUUCUGUUCAGCAUGUUCUCGAAGAAAGUGCA